UUUUUCAGUCGCCGACGGUAACGUUCAGAGCAGCCAGGCAGAAGUUAGUUUCAGGAGUUAGGUAGGGGUUAGUUUGCUAACGUUGGUCACAAACGUAGUCAAAAGUUGUUGCAAGUCCUAGGUUUAAGCAGGGAAUUUAAGAAGAAUGGCGGAACCACUCAAGGCCUUCUUUGAAAACAAACCGGUGGAAAAGACGAAGAAAGAUGCAAAGCGUCUGUCAGUGGAGAGGAUCUAUCAGAAGAAGACGCAGUUGGAGCACAUUUUGCUCCGACCGGACACCUACAUUGGCUCUGUAGAGCCUGUCACCCAGCAAAUGUGGGUGUAUGAUGAGGAUGAGGGCCUGAACAGCCGUGAAGUGACGUUUGUGCCCGGGCUUUACAAGAUUUUUGAUGAGAUCCUUGUCAAUGCAGCUGACAAUAAGCAGAGGGAUAAAAGCAUGUCCUGCAUCAAGAUCAACAUUGAUGUUGAAAACAACGUCAUCAGUGUGUGGAAUAAUGGGAAAGGUAUUCCUGUGGUGGAGCACAAGGUGGAGAAGGUCUAUGUGCCUGCUCUUAUCUUCGGACAGCUCCUCACCUCCAGUAACUACGAUGAUGAUGAGAAAAAAGUCACUGGUGGACGCAAUGGAUAUGGUGCUAAACUUUGCAACAUUUUCAGCACAAAGUUCACUGUAGAGACUUCCUGUAAAGAGUCAAAGAAAACCUUCGUGCAGACUUGGUAUGACAACAUGGCCAGAGCAGGGGAUUCUCGCAUCACAUCCUUUAACGGUGAGGAAUACACUUGCAUCACCUUUAAGCCGGAUCUAUCAAAGUUCAAAAUGAGUAUCCUGGACAAAGACACGGUGGCUCUGAUGACCAGGAGGGCCUAUGACAUAGCCGGAUCUACCAAGGGUGUGCGCGUUUUCUUCAAUGGCAAGAAGAUUCCACUUACAGGUUUUCGUAGCUACGUGGACAUGUAUGUGAAGGACAAGGUCAAUGAGCUUGGCAGUCCCCUCAACGUGACCCACGAGGUCGUCAAUGAUCGGUGGGAGGUCUGCGUCACCAUGAGUGAGAAAGGUUUCCAGCAAGUCAGCUUUGUCAACAGCAUUGCCACGACCAAGGGAGGGAGGCACGUUGACUAUGUGGCUGACCAGGUGGUUGCCAAGCUCAUUGAAGUGGUGAAGAAGAAGAAUAAAGGUGGGGUGGCCAUCAAGCCUUUCCAGGUGAAGAGCCACAUGUGGGUUUUUGUCAAUUGCCUGGUUGAGAACCCCACCUUUGACUCCCAGACCAAAGAGAACAUGACUCUGCAGCACAAGAACUUUGGAUCUACUUGUCCUCUCCCUGAGAAGUUCAUUAAACAGGUCACAGCCUGUGGGAUUGUGGAAAGUAUCAUGAACUGGGUGAAGUUCAAGGCUCAGACCCAGCUCAACAAGAAAUGCUCAAGUGUUAAACACAACAGAAUCAAAGGGGUGCCCAAACUGGAUGAUGCCAACGAUGCAGGUGGGAAGAACUCCAUCGGCUGCACACUGAUCCUUACUGAGGGAGACUCAGCCAAGACACUUGCUGUGUCUGGGCUGGGAGUGGUCGGCAGGGACCGCUAUGGCGUCUUCCCUCUCAGAGGAAAAAUGCUCAACGUCCGGGAGGCCUCACUCAAACAGAUCAUGGAGAAUGCUGAAAUCAACAACAUCAUUAAGAUCCUCGGCCUUCAGUACAAGAAGAACUACAGCGACCCAGAAUCCCUCAAGACCCUGCGUUACGGCAAGAUCAUGAUCAUGACAGAUCAGGAUCAAGAUGGCUCCCACAUCAAGGGCCUGCUAAUCAACUUCAUCCACUAUAACUGGCCCUCACUGCUGCGCCACAACUUCCUGGAGGAGUUCAUCACCCCCAUCAUCAAGGCUUCUCAAAAGAAAACUCAGCUGUCUUUCUACAGUAUUCCUGAAUUCGAUGAAUGGAAGGAAAGCCAGUCCAACUUGAAAUCUUGGAAAAUAAAAUACUACAAAGGUUUGGGCACCAGCACAUCGCAGGAGGCCAAGGAGUACUUCUCUGAUAUGCAGAGACACCGUAUUCCCUUCAAGUACGGCGGGCCUGAAGACGAUGAAGCUAUCAGCCUUGCCUUUAGCAAGAAGAAAGUUGAAGAACGGAAAGAGUGGCUGACCAACUUCAUGACCAACAGGCGCCAGCGCAGAGCUCACAACCUGCCUGAGGACUACCUGUACGGUCAGGCUACCAAGUUCCUCUCGUACAACGACUUCGUCAACAAGGAGUUGGUACUUUUCUCCAACUCUGACAAUGAGAGGUCAAUCCCCUGCUUGGUGGAUGGUCUGAAACCAGGCCAGAGGAAGGUGAUGUUUUGCUGCUUCAAGAGGAACGACAAGAGGGAGGUGAAGGUGGCCCAGUUGGCUGGCUCAGUGGCUGAGAUGUCAGCCUACCACCAUGGAGAGGUCUCUCUGAUGAUGACCAUUGUCGGUUUGGCCCAGAACUUUGUGGGAAGCAAUAACCUGAACCUGUUGCAGCCUCUGGGUCAGUUUGGAACCAGGUUGCAUGGCGGCAAGGAUUCUGCCAGCCCUCGAUACAUUUUCACCAUGCUCAGUCCUCUGGCCCGCCUUGUUUUCCCAGCUUUGGAUGACAACUUGCUCAAGUACAACUAUGACGACAACCAGCGUGUAGAGCCAGAGUGGUACAUCCCCAUCAUCCCCACUGUGCUGGUGAACGGCGGCGAAGGCAUCGGCACAGGUUGGGCCAGCAGGAUCCCCAACUUCGACAUACGAGAGAUCAUCAACAACAUCCACCGCAUGCUGAACGGCGAAGAGCCUCUGCCCAUGCUUCCAAGCUACAAAGGUUUCAAAGGCACAAUUGAGAAUGUAAUGGAAAACCAGUUCAUCAUCAGUGGAGAGGUCGCCAUCAUUGACUCCACCACCAUUGAGAUCUCUGAAUUGCCUGUCAAAGCCUGGACACAAACCUACAAGGAGAAUGUGCUGGAGCCAAUGAUGAAUGGCACAGAGAAGGUCCCUCCUCUGAUCACGGACUACAAGGAAUACCACACUGACACCACUGUGCGAUUUGUGAUCAAGAUGACGGAAGAGAAGCUGAGAGAGGCAGAGGUUGCUGGCCUCCACAAAGUCUUCAAACUUCAGAGUCCUCUCACCUGCAAUUCCAUGGUUCUGUUUGACCAUGUCGGCAGCAUGAAGAAGUUCGAGUCUGUGCAGGAUAUUUUGAAGGACUUCUUUGAGCUGAGGAUGAAGUACUAUGUGCUGAGAAAGGACUGGCUGGCCGGCAUGCUGGGGGCGGAGAGUGCUAAACUCACCAACCAGGCCCGCUUCAUCCUGGAGAAAAUCCAGGGCACCUUGGUUAUUGAGAACAAGCCAAAGAAGGAACUGAUUCGCAUGCUGCAGGAGAUGGGCUACGACUCUGACCCAGUCAAAGCUUGGAAACAGGCUCAAGAGAAGAAUGAGGAUCUGCUUGAGGAGGACAAUGAGGAAGAAGCGGAGAAGGAGGACACCAGCGGGCCGGACUACAACUACCUGCUGAGCAUGCCCAUGUGGUACUUGACCAAAGAGAAGAAAGAUGAGCUGUGCAAACAGAGGGAUGCUAAGAUGACAGAGCUGAGCACCCUGAAGAAGAAGUCUCCCACAGACCUUUGGAAGGAAGACCUUGCUGUUUUCUGCGAGGCGCUGGAGAAUUUGGAGGCAAAAGAAAAGGAGGAAUCCAGCAAGCAAGUUGUUAAAAAGGGGGCUGGAAAAGGCAAAGCCAUGAAGGUGAAGCAGGAGACUCUGCCCACGCCGCAGGGUCGCCGCGUUGUCCCGCGGGUUACCAGCGUCAUGAAAGCUGACGCUAACAGGAAGGCUGGUAUUAAGAAAGGAGGAGGCAAGAGAAGCAAGAGUGAAGAUGUAGUGAUGAAGAUGGAGUUUGGAGAAGAUGUAGAGAAUGCAGAGCCAAGUGAGGAGAUGGGCUUGGCUGCACGAAUGAGCAAGAAAACUAAAAGGCAGCCAAAGGAAAAAGCCGGAUCAAAGUCUGGCAAGCAGAGCACUCUUCAGUUCAAGCCUGUUGCCGAGAAGCCCAAGAAGAAUCCAUGGUCGGAUGACGAGUCUGAAAAUGAAAUGGUGGCAGACGUCGUGUCAGACGAAGUGGCUGCCCCCGUGGCGCGUGCCGAACGCAAAACUAAAGCUGCGGUGAAGUACAGUAUGUCCGACAGUGAAGAUGAAUUUGAUGACUGGGGGAAGAAGGAUGCCCGAAAACCGAUAGCCAUUAUCAGUGAUGACGACAGCUUUGUCCCAGCGCCCAUGGCCGACAGUGACCAGGACUCUCCAGCCCCGCCUCCCAAAGCUACCUCAAAUCAAAUGUUGUCAUUUCUAUGCAGGAAGAAACCAGCAAAGAGCAAAUCAAGCUCUCAGUCGGACGAUCCGGUGUCUGCACCCAAGCCUCCAGUUCAACGUAAAACCAAAGAGGCUGCACCCAAGAAAGCUCCUGCUGCCAAGAAACCAGCUGCAUCCAAGAAGAAGGCUGCAGAUGUGAAGCAGCCAUCCAUCAUGGACGCUCUUUCUAAAUCCAAACCUGCAGCCAAGAAGGUCCCUUCAUUUGACUCCAGUGACUCAGAGGGUGAAGUCAAAGCUCCAGCUGCAAAGUCGAAGCCCGCUGUGAAACGGAAACAGAACAUCAGCGAGGACUCCGACAGCAGCUCAGAAGACCUCAUGUCCCGCAUGAGGGCCAAAGCGGGCGCCAGCAAGAAAGUCAAGAAGUUUGAAGAGGACGACAGCUUCAAUAUUUCAGACGUGGAAGUGGCGCCGCGGGACAAAAAAUCUCGUGCUCGGAAACCCGUAACCUACAAACUGGACUCUGACUCGGAUGAAGACUUUUAGAUUUAACACUCGAAGUCUGUUUGAGAUUUUGUAAUAAAAACAGGUCCUUAGUAAGUUUUACAUGUAGUUGUGCCAUGCGGCGUUUUUAUCACUCAAAAUAGAUGGUUGCAUUUACUCUUGAGACUUACAAAGACCUGCAAUCCUUGUAGCAAAAAAGAUUUCCCUUCCUGUCAAAGAGCAGAGAUAUAACAAGAAUGUUUUAAAAAAAAAAACAACGAAGGCAUACAUGUGUGGUGCUUGAAUUACAAUACAGCCUUUUUAGUGUUAGAAUUACUUAUCCUUAGGCUUCUUUAAAUGUCCUUUUGUAAUACGUUCGUCUUGUCUUGUAAAUAUUUCAAUGGUUGUUGUUUUUAUAUCGUUCAAAUAAAGUUGUUAUUCACAGUG